UACUUCCUGACUGCGAUAUAUAAAGGAGCUAGGACGAAGAACAUGCAUCAACCAUCGAUUGUUUCCUGCUUUACUAUUGCAACCACUUAAACCCCAUUUCACUAUGAACGUCCACGAUAAGCUCUCGUUCCUCUCAACCUUGCACCAUGCACCUUACCCUGCCAUCGACCCCCGGAACCCAACUAGCUCUGCAGCAGGGAAAACGGUCCUGAUCACCGGCGGCGCAACCGGCAUCGGAUUCGCCACAGCCCGGAGCUUCGCCAUCGCUGGAGCAUCAACCAUCGUACUCGUUGCGCGCCGCAAGGAGACACUUCAAAAGGCAUCGUCCGAGCUCUCGGCUGCAUUCCCAGACACCCAGUUCCUCACAUACGCAGCGAGCAUCACUGACGACGCGGAAAUCCAACAUGUCUUCUCCUCUGUUCGACAAACUGCUCGAAACAAGGAUGUGGACGUGCUCGUCACUAGCGCUACCUAUGCAAAGGCCGAUAAGCCGCUGUCCAAGACAUCACUGUCAGAGGUGAAGACGACAUUUGAGACAAACGUCUACGGCAACUUGAAUGUCGUCAAUUCCUUUCUCGAUACCACAAGGGAAGAAGGGAAGGUCAUUGUGGAUAUUACGAGCCUUGCGUCUUAUAUGCUGUUUCCCCAGGCUGGUCCGUAUGGUGCUAGUAAGGCGGCCUUUUCUUUCUUGAUGCGUCAUGUGCAGAGUGAGCACCCGGGGCUGCGUGUCUAUACUUUACAUCCUGGUGCUAUCUGGACAGAGGCGAGUGCUGCAGCGGGCUUGACUAGGGAUAUGCUUGAGUGGGACGAGGUAGACCUUCCAGCGCAGUUUAUUGUUUGGUUGGCGGGCCAGGAGGCAGAGUUCUUGAAGGGCAAGUUCUUGACAAGUCAUUGGGAUGUGACUGAGUUGAUGGCAAGGAAGGACACGCUUCAGUCGGAUGCGGAUCUCAGUACUGUUGGGCUGAGGCGUUGAUAGCAGUACUCGGAUACUCGCUCUGCAACUGGCGUCAAACUAUUGUCAUUCAUUAUCACGUCAGUUUUCAGUCUAGCUCCGUAUAUUGGAGUUGUCAAUACAGUUGUUGAUUAUCUCCUCGUCAGAGUCUCCCUCUAGAACUUCGACCGAGCUGGCUUGGGCUGCCGUCGUCUCCUCGAUCCACGCUCCCUCGGAAGAUUCAAAAGGAGGAUUUAUAAGAGUGUCAACAUCCAUAGCCUCACGCAAAAAACCUAUCU